CAGAAUCAUAAGGAAUAAAAUGAUGCUUACAUGGUCUCAAAGCCCACAUUGAAAAUGUAGUCAUUCUGACAUUUUCAUGGGUGAUGGGCCGAUACCCAGUGGGUGGCCCAAAUUAACCAUUUACGCAACUUCGGGUCAAGCACUUGGGAAACACCCAGGCCUGGGCCGGCCCAUGGAGCUAGGCCCGGUUAACUUCGGGCCAAGGGUAGCUGGCAGAGUCAAUCCGGAGAGCAAGACGGAGCAGAUUGGCGGUUACGGAGCCGGGAAAAGGGGAUCGCGCCAUUGGUGGGAUAGACUCCACAGAUUAUGUGUUACCUUAAUUGUGAAAAGCUCCUGCGGGAAGGCUGGACCUGCGGGCUCCCAAGGGAAAAAGAAGAAAGUAAGGUGGUCCCAGAAGAAGAAGGCGACCAAGCCUAAUGGGAAGGCUGUGAUGGCAGAUGCGCUUUCCAAACUGGACGAAGAGGACGAGUCGUCCUCCUUCGAGCGGAUGUCUGCUUUUGAUCGUUUGGGAGACCCCAAGUCAAAGAAACCUCGGACCUCUGCGUUCGAACGGUUGCAGGACACUCGGUCGGCCCGAAAAGGCGAUUUAAGGGACACGCUGAAGGAGAAGAGAGGGGAGUCCACAGCGACCUCCAAGAUCGGUUCAGAGGAGCGACGGGCGACAGUCGGGGACAAGGGCGCAGCCGAGCUGUGGAGAAUGUACGAACGACUAGAGAAGCGGCUGGACGCCCAGAACCCCUACCGCCAGGCGGUCUUCAGUGAGGUAACGCCCUUCUCCAGAAGGAUAAUGUCUUGUCCUCUCCCGGAUAAUUUCAAGACUCCCCAGAUCAAAGCGUACAACGGGACAACCGAUCCCCAGGAUCACCUCGCUCGCUUCAGGGCAAACGUGGUCAUGGUCAACCCGUCAUUAACCAUCUCCAAUUUCCUUUGUUUGUACUUUGCAGGAGAUCGCCGUCCUACACUACCAAACAUCCACGGCAUCGCGGUCAUAAUACGUCGGCGCCUUCCGCCAUGGUAGUGAAUUUCUUACUUUAUCUCUUCAACGUUUUACCAAUUUGCCUUUACAUGUGUUCUCGCAUUCCUCUCUCCUAUUUUUUUCUUAGAUCUGUUAAGCUCAAGCGCACUACUUUGUUCUGUUCCUCCAUCGUUUUGUCAAUUCUGCGGUCCUAAUUCAUGAAAACAUGAUUUGAGCUUAAUUUCAAUGUGUGAAAGCUGUGCGGUAUGAUUUCUCUUGAUAUCGGAAUUGAAUAUCUUGUUAACCAAGAACUAAAUGCAAAAUUGAUCU